AUGGCUCUCCACCUCCCUCUAUCCCUUGCGGCUCUCAACAAACUGAUCUAUCUAUCUAUCUAUCUAUCUAUCUAUCUAUCUAUUUAUCUAUCUAUCUAUCUAUCUACUUCUGUCCCUGAUGAAGGGAUGCGAUGUGAUGGACCAAGAGAUUCAUCUUUUUCUUUCUUUUUUUUUCUUUCUUUCUUUUUCUUUCUUUCUCUUUUUCUUUCUUUGUUUCUUUUUCUUUCUUUCUUUCUUUCUUUCUUUUUUCUUUCUAUCUCUUUUUCUUUCUUUCUUUCUUUCUUUUUUCUUUCUAUCUCUUUUUCUUUCUUUCUCUUUUCUUUCUUUCUUUUUUCUAUCUCUUUUUUUUUCUAUCUUUCUUUUUUCUUUCUAUCUCUUUUUUCUUUAUUUGUUUCUUUUUCUUUAUUUCUCUUUUCUUUCUUUCUUUCUUUCUUUCUUUUUUCUUUCUAUCUCUUUUUCUUUUUUCUUUCUUACUUUUUUCUUUCUUUCUUUUUUUUCUCAGGUGAUUCACUUCUUUCUUUCUUUCUUUCUUUCUUUCUUUCUUUCUUUCUUUCUCGUCGCAUUGAUCUAUUUCCCUCCAUUCAUAUCUAUCUGUCUGUUCAUAUCUAUUUAUCUAAGUUGUGUUCAGACCAUUUGUCUUUUACUGGAAUCCAUUUAUGUCUUAAUAUCUAUCUAUCUAUCUAUCUAUCUAUCUAUGCUGGCUGGUUCAUUAUCUAUCUAUCUAUCUAUCUAUCUAUGCUGGUUAAUACCUAUCUAUCUUGGCUUGUUCAUGUCUGUCUGUUUCUCUAUCUAUCUAUGUUGGCUGGUCCAUAUCUAUCUAUCUAUCUAUCUAUCUAUCUAUCUAUGAGCGUCGAAACUAAAGUUAAAAAAUAUGUUUAUAUCUAUGUAAUAAUUAUUAUAAUAAUAAAACAAAUCAUUAACAUCUAUCUAUCUAUCUAUCUAUCUAUCUAUCUAUCUCAGUCUGUAUGUUACGGUCUCACAAUAAUAUCUAUCUCACUAUAUAUCUCAGUCUGUUCAUAUCUAUCUAUCUAUCUAUCUAUCUAUCUAUCUAUCUAUCUAUCUAUCUCAGUCUGUUUAUAUCUAUCUAACUAUAUAUCUCAGUCUGUUCAUAUCUAUCUAUCUAUAUAUCUCAGUCUGUUCAUAUCUAUCUAUCUAUCUAUCUACCUAUCUUAA